CCUCGUGGUGGGGGUAGCACUGUUUAGUCUAACUCAGUGGAUUACUAGCAGAGCGUCAUGUGCUUUUUACCUGCAGUUUACCUAAAAUAAAAGAACUCUUGAUAGACUAGCCUGACAGGUAAACAAAAGAGGCAGAAAACAUACUCCAGAAGGUGUACUCACCACAAACACUCAUGAAGGUCAUAAGUGUCUGCAAUGCACAAAAACCAGUAAAUGAAACUAAAAUGGAUGACUACACAGAUGCUACCAGAGUACAGGGUGAAGCAAUGAAAAAAGAGUUGUGUGCAUCUGCUGAAACAGUAAAUGACCCUUACCGCACCAUAGAAAGCAGUAAGAAAAGAAAAAAGGUGAUCUCCUGGCCAUCUGUAACUGCAGUGCUGAGAAAAUCUUCUGCAUCAAGUCAGUCAGACCCUGAUUUGAAAGCACAGCUCUUUGGACAGCCUUUGUCAAUCAUUUUUGAGGAUGACACACUUCCAAAACCAAUUUUUGACAUUCUCAUGAUGCUGUUCCUGAAAGGCCUCUACACUGAAGGAAUAUUCCGCAGGGCAGCCAAUGAAAAGGCACGUAAAGGACUAAAGCAAGAGUUAAAUAGUGGAGUCAAUGUUCCACUGGAGGACAAAUCUGUGCACCUACUAGCUGCUGUUUUCAAGGAUUUUCUGAGAUGCAUUCCCCAGUAUGUGCUACAUUCAGAACUUUAUGACAAGUGGAUGGCCGCUAUGGAAAAAGAAGACACUAAUGAGAGGAUUGAAGAACUAAAGAAAGUGCUGGACAAGCUACCAAAGCCUAAUCUGAUAUUGCUGCAGCAUUUAUUUUGUGUUCUGCAUCACAUCCAUGAAAAAGCGCACAUUAACAGGAUGGAUGCCAGCAACCUUGCCAUCUGCAUUGCACCAAACAUGCUGAACCAGGACAAAAUUCUGCCUUUAGAAGCCCAGAAAGAUAUAAAUGCAAAAGUAACACCUCUGGUGACAUUCCUAAUAAAGAACUGCUGCAAGAUCUUUGGUGAUGAAAUACUGCAGCUGCUGGGAACACCUUCUGAAAGUGCAGCAGAACUCAGUGUCUCAGGUUUAUCUUUGUGCCAAGAAAAUGACUCUGCCUGUGACAUUACUUACCAAGAUGGCGACUGUGAUCCUGAUGAAUUAUGUAUUAAGACCAAGAUCAGCUCAAGUUCUGAAGAUGAAUUAAGUUCACAACUGUUACUGUGUCAUAGAGGUAAAGAACCAAUAAGAUCAUUACUGUCUUCUGAACAGUACUUAAGCAGAAUGGAGAGAAGGUGUUCUGAGCCAAAUAUUUUACCUUCACAGGAGAUUUCAGUCUCAAAAAUGAGCAGUCAAAAGCUUGCUCGAAGUCAUGAUAACUUCCCUGUUGAACAAGAAAAUUCACUCUUUCAGGUUCAAGGCUUAAAAAAACACAGACUGGCUAAACAUCUUAGAGAAAAGUUGCCCGAUAAGAAAGUAAUGAAAGAAACAGAAGGUGCUGCCUUGCAACUAGAUGUGUCCCCUACAGGUUCAUCCAAGGCAUCAUCCACAUGCUCAUUGGACAGCUCUCGCUCAAACUCAGACAGCUCUGUGUUUACUAGCUCUCCUCCCCCAUCUCCAUCAGCUCCGAAGAAAAGUCCUGCUACUAGGCAUCAGUCCUUCAUUGUAAAUGAGCUGCACAAUAAGAGCAUCAAAAAGACAUCGAUGUCUUUCUGUUACGCCAAGAAGCCUCUAGGCCAAACAAGAAGCUGGGGUCCUGGAAAGUCACUAAGCUUUAGAAAAGAUAAUAUCAAAACAAGUUCAAAACAGGAAAAACAAUCCUCCUGUGACAUCGUUCAAGAAGAUUCAGCUAGCUGGACAGAGCAGGUAAAGCCAACUGUACGACCUCGUUUAUUGUCAGCUGAUGAAGUAUUUCAAAUGGUUGACAGCAAAAUUCCAGGAAAGCCGCCAUCUUAUGCAGAGGCAACUCAGAAUGAGCAAGCCUUACCUGUUUUCCCUAAAAAUAUGACAGUGGAAGCUAUGAGGCAGACACUAAAAAGCAGUCCUGCAGCAUUACCUUCUUUCCUUCAUAAGGAGUUACCUAAUUCUAUAAUAUUACGGAAUGACACACUUCCCAGGAAAGACAGACCGUCUUCUCUCACAGACUGUUUUAUCAGCAGUAGGACCCAGGUCCAGGAUGUGGACUAUCUUUUCUCAAGGACUAGUGUUAAGUUUGAUCACCAGAAAGAAAUAACACCUGACAAUGUCAUCCAAAAACCCAUUGAUGCAAGUUUGUACAUGGUGGCAUCUGCAUUUCGGCCAAGGACUAUGUCUGAAAGUACUGUUAAACAAAGAGAUAAGCGACCACAGCAGUGCUGUAGCCAGCAACUGCUAGAGUUCUGUAAACAGAUUCCACAUGCUAAGGAAUCAUAUGUGUAAAUGUGGAGGACCAAUAGCAUUCCCUGUGUAGUUCUGUUAUGUGUAUAUUUGGACAUGUGUACAUACAUUGUAAAUAUGUUUACAUCUCAGAAAAAAAACAAAAACAAAAAAAAAACAACUGCCAUUCCUGCAAAGCUAUCACUUUAUUGAAACAAUAAGCUUAAUUGGUCAAAACAUCAAGUAUAUACACAUAUAAAUAUAUAUAUAUAUAUAUAUAUAAAUAUAUAUAUAUAUAUAUAUAUAUGGACCUCUACAGUGUUAAACUAUUAGAACUGGACCAUGGGACAAAAAUGAAUGUACAGGACUUGAAUGUGAAAAUGUAUUUCUUGUAUGAAGUAUGUUUGAUGAAAUGUAAUAUAAUUGCCUUCUUAUAUUUUUUUACUAAAGUCGUGAAAUAUUUAAAUGGAUCUUCUCAUAUAGAGAGAAAAACAUCAAAAUGUUGCAACAUUCAUUAUUUCAAUCAGAUCUUCUGUGAGACAAGCACUUCUUCUAGCACUUUCUUACUUUGUUUCAUGCAAAAAUUUGUAUUAUAUUGUUACUUCUAUGUUGCCCCUCUGUAUGUUUUUCAUGAUAUGUGUAAAUUCUGUGUUUUCUAUUUAAAUGUUCAACUACUUUCACUACAGUAAAGCACCUUGAAUGUUA